AUUAAAGAGUUUUGUGAAUCUUGAGCUUUACCCUUCACAGUUUGAGUCUAAAUCCCAUUACCAGUUUUGCAAAUCAAUAGUAAUUUUUUGCAGGAAGAGAGCAAAUGGCUGAACAGAAGGAAAUACAGAUCCCAAAGGUUAAACUUGGAACUCAAGGGUUGGAGGUUUCAAAAUUGGGGUUUGGAUGCAUGGGUUUGACUUUUGCCAAGUAUCCUGGUGCUGAAGAGGAUGGAAUCUCCAUUAUAAAGCAUGCCUUCAGUAAAGGAAUCACGUUCUUUGACACAUCUGAUAUAUAUGGAACUGAUCAUGCCAAUGAAAUUCUUGUUGGCAAGGCCUUGAAGCAGUUGCCAAGAGAGAAGGUUCAAUUAGCCUCGAAGUUUGGUAUUGUAAGCUUAGGACCUCCUCGUGUGGUGGUAAAUGGAACUCCGGAGUAUGUCCGGUCAUGUUGCGAGGCUAGCUUGAAGCGUCUUGGUGUCGACUACAUUGAUCUCUACUAUUAUCACCGCAUUGACCAAACGAUGCCAAUAGAGGAAACUAUGGCUGAGCUGAAGAAACUUGUGGAAGAAGGAAAGAUCAAGUACAUUGGAUUAUCCGAAGCGAGUCCAGACACAAUAAGGAGAGCACAUGCAGUUCAUCCCAUCACAGCUAUACAAAUGGAGUGGUCACUUUGGACUCGUGAUAUUGAAGAAGAGAUUAUUCCACUUUGCAGGGAGCGUGGCAUUGGAAUAGUUCCAUAUAGUCCUCUGGGUCGUGGUUUUUUCGCAGGCAAAGCAGUUGUCGAAAGUUUGGAUCCAAAUGUUCUUGCGGCCGCACAUCCUCGGCUCACUGGAGAGAACUUGGAGAAGAACAGACACAUAUACCAUGCAAUAGAACGCCUUGCUACAAAGCACCAUUGCUCUCCUGCUCAACUAGCACUGUCGUGGGUUCUCCACCAAGGCGAUGACGUUGUACCAAUCCCCGGGACAACAAAGAUUAAGAACUUGGAUACCAACAUUGGCUCCUUAAGUCUAAAUCUCAAGGAAGACGACCUCAAAGAAAUCUCUGAUGCUGUUCCACUCGACCAAGUAGCUGGUGAUAAGAGUUUUGAAAGCACGAGUCAUGUGCAAUGGAAAUUCGCCAACACUCCUCAAAAGACUCUGAAUUAGUUCAUCUCAAGCUUAAGUUAUAUUAGUAGUAUGUUUGUAUUAAUUGAGGCAAAGAUAGGGAUAUUCCAUAUGAGAUAUUCUUGUACUUCUUCGAAUAUCCAUUUUUCAUUGUAAGUGUAGUAUUAUAUGUGUGAAACUUAUUUUCUUUCUGCCACUCCAUGACAGAUUCAUUUGUAAUCCUACAAGUUUAUUAUGAAUAAAGUGUUCUCGUUUCUCCUUAA